AGACAGGGCACGCCCAUCUCCGCUGAGGUGGAGUGCGCAGGCGCCGACGGAAGUGAGCCGCAGGAGGCGGAAGUCCCGCCCUCCUCUCGCUCUACUCGGGAGACCCGAGCAACGCGCUGCCGGCGGGAGUGAUCUGCAAGCGAAACCUCCACCAUGAGUCUCCUCAAUAAACCCAAGAGUGAGAUGACCCCAGAGGAGCUGCAGAAGCGGGAGGAGGAGGAAUUCAACACGGGCCCCCUCUCAGUGCUCACGCAGUCGGUCAAGAACAACACACAGGUGCUCAUUAACUGUCGCAACAACAAGAAGCUCCUGGGACGGGUGAAGGCCUUUGACAGGCACUGCAACAUGGUGCUGGAGAAUGUAAAGGAGAUGUGGACUGAGGUCCCCAAGAGCGGCAAGGGCAAGAAGAAGUCCAAGCCUGUCAACAAGGACCGCUACAUCUCCAAGAUGUUCCUGCGUGGGGACUCAGUCAUCGUGGUGCUACGAAACCCGCUCAUCGCCGGCAAGUAGAGUAGAGGCCUCUUUCUUCCAUGAGAGCCUGCUCCCUGCCCUGCCGAGCCCUGCCCAAUGGGAUGGAAAUAAAACCCUGUGUUUUUUGUUGUUUUGUUUUCAA